AUGACAUCCGAUAUUAAUCGAUGUUUCCGGUCUUUCAAGGACUCGAGAUCCGAUGAGACAACUGAGGGCAGCGAGGCGCCAUCGACGCUGGACCGCGCUUCCGGUAUGGGCACAUCCUUCCGGCGCCAACAGCCCGAAUUUGUCAUUCUUCAUUACAGCCCAUUUAAGGCGGUGUGGGACUGGAUUGUACUGGUUUUAGUCUUGUACACGGCGGUGUUUACACCUUACCAAACCGCGUUUCUCCUGAACGAAGAAGACGCCACCAUGCGGCGUAACCGUGAUUCCGGAACGCGCACGGAAAGUCCCGAGUCUUCCCGAGCUAACCCACUCGUGAUCAUUGACUUGAUUGUCGACUUAAUGUUUAUAGCGGACAUUUUUAUCAACUUCCGGACCUCGUAUCUUCACAAUGGCGAGGUGGUGAUGAACCAGAAGCGUAUAGCAAUCAACUAUCUCAAGGGCUGGUUCGUCAUUGACACCAUUGCCGCUCUUCCUUUCGAUCUGCUGCUUUUUGGGUCCGGCACAAGUGACAUUUGCGUGAGGUGA